UCCCCAUCACCUCAUGCGAGAGGCUGGGUUGAUCAGCUCAACCCGAGGCUCAAUAAACAACAAGAACGACAAAAGUUACAACACCUGACAAGUCAAUUGGGGUCGAAUCAACACAGAGAUAUCCGGGCCCUUUCUGAGUUAUUGAAAGACUCAUCACGUCACAAUGCACUAUGUCAGAUUCCUGGGGCCACCCAAGGUGAUUAAGAACCGCCGCGGCACCCUGGUCCAGCUGCUCUUCACCAUCACAACAGACCUCGGCGACUCGUUUCUCUUCCCAGAGAGGUUUCUAGACCUCCAAGUUGUUGCCAUCGCCGCCUCUCCCGAAGGAAGCUCAACAUGGCUCCUCUCAGAUCCUGGACAUCUUGACUGGGAACCUGGCAUGCGCGUUGCAAAGCCAGCGUUGGAAAUGCCCGUCGCUCUCGAACGAGCUCUCGAAUCUGGAAUGAGAGUCCAUGUUUGCGUUCGGGCAUCAGAACCUGUUCAUACUGCCGAAAGCGUCCCUCGCAUUCUGGCCUUGUCGGCUGAGAAGAUGCGGUAUCGGAAGGAAGCUGCAGAGAAAGGCGCUGUCAUGCCAGCUUGGGUGCCUUUAACUCUCACACCCGCAGACAAUGCUGUGUCUAUUCGAAGACUUCAACUGAACGACACACCUGAGGGGCUGGGAACGAUUGAGAUUGAGGAGGAGAUCGGUGAGAGUAUUGCGCGUCACAUUUGGGAUGGAGGCGUGAUAGCGACGUGUGCACUUGCAGGUAUCGAGACUGCUCCCGAUAGCGAGUCUAGCCAAAACCCCUGCAUGAGAACAAUGAAGAAUAUCUUCAGCCGCCAGAAGUCGAUCCGUGUGUUGGAAUUGGGUUGCGGUGUGGGUAUCUUGGGUGUUGGGCUCGCCGCUGUGUACCCCCGACUGCAGCCCUCAGGUGGCGACUGCACUAUUCUCAUGACCGAUCUACCAGAAGCUGAGGAGCGCGCGAGAUCUAAUAUGAAGAGGUUGGAAAACUCUCAUCUACGCUUCCAAGAGAACCCUGUUCGAAUGCUCUACGAAAAUCUUGACUGGGAGGAGGGCAGACAAGGUCGCUUUGGACCCGAGGUUCGAUCUGGACCUUGGGAUCUCGUGAUGCUCAGCGACUGUACCUACAAUGUCGACAUGCUCCCAGCACUCGUCGAAACGCUCUCAGCCAUUCAUGCAGCAAAUCUGACCUACUUUCCGGAAGGCGAACCAUUUACUACAAAAGUCUUCCUAGCCACCAAGCCUCGCCACGAAUCAGAAGAAGUCCUUUUUGAGCUCAUGGACAAGGAGAGCUGGUACAGCGUUCACAAGCAAGUCUUGCCGAAGCCUGUCCUUGGUGGUGUGCCUCAAUCUGUCGAGCUUCAUUUAUUCGACAAAUCUGGGCUCAGCGAUGGCAGGGGUGAGAUGAAGGGGGUGGACAAGAAGGAGGAAGAUAAGGGAAAGAAACACAAGGGAAAGAAAGAGAAGGAGAAGGAAAAGGAAGCGCAAGACUAGGCUAAUGCUGCAAAGGGCCUCAGGCAAUUCAUCGCAAGGUGACCGCAUACCGAACCGUCGAUAGCCAAUUGUCCGAACAAUGCGCUCACCGUCACACAGCAAGAAACACCUUAAUAGGCUACUGCGACGACUUUUGCUUUGAGGCUCGACUCUGCAGACGAUGAUGGUGCUGAAAGGCUCAAUGUCAUUGGGGUUACCCCGCGUGUUGUGUAACGCCCUUCAGCCCUGAUAUUUCGAGGAUUGGACACAACGAUUGGAAACGAACCAGUAGGAGGAAUGGGCGGGGUGGAAGAUGACUUGCUUAAUUGACUGGUGUGGUGGUGUGCUGAUGAGUUGUCCCUCAAGCCCACGAAAGGACCAUGAGGCUCUGCGAUGGCCUCAAAUUGAGAAUCCCCGAUCGUGUAUUUAGCGACGAAUUUAAAAUGUCGACCGUUUCUAGCGAUAAAAUUGAUACUUCAUUCUUCAGGCAA